CGAUUUCUAUUCAGUGGCCUAAUAGUUUUCCUUAUUUAUUCAACAACAGGAGGGCAGGGCACAGAGUCUGCCCACCAUUUUUACAGAGUCUCUGAGAAAACAGGGGGAGGCCAAGGAAAUAGAACAGGGAUUCAAUUCAAAGAGUGGAAUGGAGCCCUCAAUUUCAAUCACCCCUUAUUUAACACCACUUACCACAGAAGAGCCACCAUAUUCCGAACCUGUCGUGACUGUGGAUGUACACCGUGCAAAGAAUCUCCUUGCCUCCGGCUGGCGUUACUUGGAUGUCAGGACAAAGGAAGAGUUUAGUGAAGGACAUUUGGAGAACUCUUUGAAUGUUCCUUACUUAUUCAAUUCCCUACAAGGUGCACACACAAGCCAACCAAAACAAUUAGUAAGAGGAAAACAUGUCUCUUGCAUCUUGAUUUCCAAAACUAAUGGGGGUGUUUGCUCAGGGAGAGAGAAGAAUAAGCAGUUUGUGGAACAGGUAAAAGCACUAUGCUGCAAGGAUGAUGACAUAAUUGUGGGAUGCCGAAGUGGAGUCAGAUCGCUUAGCGCUUCAGAGGAUCUCAUAAAUGCUGGGUUUAAGCAUGUGAGGAAUAUGGGUGGGGGUUACCUGGCUUGGGUGGAGAAUGGUUUUCAAGUGAAAAACAAAUUCCACUCCGAACUCUAACCACAUAUGGGAUUUGGAAUCUAAAGAUAGAGAAGUAGAAGAUCAAAUGCAUAUCAUGCAAAUUGCAACUUCUCUAGUAUAAGAUUACAAUAGAAAUACUCUUUUAGACUUUUUACUUAUGCUCCGAUUUCGCAUAUUUUUCUUGAACGCAACAUGGUGGCAGAUUGGUUAGCCAAAAAUGUGGUCACACUAUCAGAGGCUACAAUGUUCGACCUCUAGAUUAUUUACUCGAGGGCUGAAUAACGACUUUGAUAUGUAAUUUCUUUUCUUAUUAAUGAAAAACGCGUAAGGGGCUCCAAUCACCA